CCCCUGUCAUCGAUAAAGUACCGUGCCCUGUGAUAUGCCUCCAAGGAGAAAGGCCACCGAUGGCGAUGGGGCAAAGAGUCUUUCAUGUCUCCGGUGCCGGUCCAAGAAAAUCAAAUGUAAUCUCGAACAUCCAUGUCUGCAUUGCACCAAUCUCGGCGCUGAGUGCAUCCAAGUGACUGACGACAAGCGGAGUAAAAGACCGCCUCUUAACUACGUGCUACAGCUCCAGACCCAGAUCUCACAGUUAGAGUCGGUCAUAGAGCGUGUGCGACGGGCCCUGCCCGAAGAACGUGAGGUCUUGUUGAAAGACAUUGAUCUCACCAAGAAUGAUUUACUGAACUUGGCCAAUGGUUCCCACCCACUGACAACCACAAGGUCUUCUUCUUCGACAACCUCAAAGGUAAAGUUGCUGCCCGAUAAUGCCUCGUCCAUGGCAGGCUCCGGGAAAGGUACGGGCUCGGGGACGGGGACAGGGCCUGGGACCGUACCAGGAGCCGGGUCCACUCCCGAAUCCAACCUCCAGUCAAAGACGAAAACACGAGCAAAAUCGGUCUAUGGCCCCACCAGUAUCUACAACAACGACAUUAUCACCAACCCGAGCCGCCGAGUGAAGCACGACGAGUCCACGAUCAAGACCCUCAACAAAGACCCAGAUAUCCUCCACUGUCUCAAGACCUUCUUCACGUGGCAGUACCCGGACCAUAACAUGUUCAUCUUCAGAGAAGCAUUUCUUAUUGACUUCUUUGACCCGAAGCCCCAUUCGCUCUACUGCUCAAAACCAUUGGUAUUCGCAGUGUGUGCCUUGGGAGCAAGAAUGUCGGAUAACGAGGCCAUAUACCAGCGAUCGCACCAGUUUUAUAUCGAGGCAAGAAGUUUGCUUCUUCUGAGACUUGACCAUCCCUCAAUCCCCUCCUUGCAGAGUUUCCUUCUUCUUGCCUUCUACGACAUCUGCAACGGGCAGAACCUGUCUGGCUGGAUGCUCUCGGGGAAUGCGUUCCGUAUGGGCUACGACCUAGGCUUCCAACUCAACCCACACCUGUGGUUUGUCAAGUACACGCACGAAGACGUGGCGCCCCUUGAUGUUGCCAUCCGUAGUAGAAUCUACUGGGGCAGUUACAUGGCCGACCACUUCAUCAGUCUUCUCUUAGGACGUCCCUCUCUUCUCAAGAUGUCGGAGGCAACCAUCCCGGAAACAGAUUACCUCCCGGAUUUGGAAUGGAUUGACGAAUACAUAUAUCAAGACCCAAACCCCACGAACGAGCUUAAGAACAUUCUGCUGCCGCUCAAGAGUGUUAUCAAUCUUAUAAACAUCUCUGACAGUAUGUUGACCACCAUAUUCACCCGGUCUGACGCGGACGACGACUCUCACGAUGACUUGAACUUCUCUUCACGUCUACAGAUGCUUUCGAGCUACAAUUCCAAGAUCAUGCAAUGGAAGAAGGAUCUCCCGCUGGAUCUCGCCUGGGACGGCGAACGACUUGACCAGACAGCGGCUAGUCCUGUACUUGGGUGUGUUCGUAACUACUACUACAUUCUAGUGCUUUGUUUAAACCGACCGUUUGUUGGGGUGGCAGCUGCCAAUGAGGACACUACCCAGCCCCUGCCGUCCGAAAUUUGCUCUGAUGCAAUUGAGGAGAUAUACCGGUCAACUAGACGGUUCCAACAAGUCCAUGGGCUCCGUAAGGCAUCUAUUUUCAUUGUCUAUUGCACCAUUUUGUCCAUAUCUGUUCUUCUUCUCACAAACAAUAGCAAGCAGCUCGUGGACGAUAAGAAAGAGAAACUUAAUUUCUUCAUGGAAGUACUUAAGGGCUGUUCCAAGACAUGGGGAUUAGCAGAAAAAUCGUACCUGCUUAUUAACAUCAAACUUAAAUCGAUCAGAAAGCUGGAGAUGGUCGAUGUGAAGGUAGAAACUACCGAUAACGAGUUUACAAAUUGGAAUAUUCCUCAUUCAGAAACUGCCAAUGGUGGACUUCUUAAUCGUACACACAUGCCAAAUGGAAUGGCCUCGGGCCUUCCACCCACCACCACCACCUCGACCACCACCACUACCGCUGCCACCGCCCCCAACACUGCAAAUAUAAGGAUGGCAUCGCCACCUGUAACUGGAAGAAGUGGACCAAUUCCGACCGCCCAUACCGAUAACUCAGCAUCACCAAGAAGAGAUAGAAGAACUUCAAUAGCACACCUCCAUGAUUUGGCCAGACAAAUGGAGUCACCCAAAAUUGUACUACAGGAGAAUGAAUCUGUACCGAUGGAUACCCCACAAACAUCACUAGGGUUUGAAAUCGACGAGAACCUUGACUUCUUUGGGGGACCACCAGUGCUUAUGACUUCGGACCUCUCCAAUGAAGAUUGGGAAUCCUUAUUCCCUGACUACAUUUUCAAUGUCCAUAAUUAAACUUCCUUUUGAUAGUUAAUUUGUUAGCUAUAUAAGAGACCAUAUGUAUAUAUUUAUUUUACCCGCAAUAAAAGAAAAUUGCCUGU